UCACUGUCACUCGUCGUCUCCGAUCCCUAACCGCAAUGGAGGUUACAACGGAGCCGAAGACGCAGAUCGAUGAAGCAUCUCAUCGCAACCUCUCGUUUUCCACUCCCAUCGCCGGCGAUCCAAGCUCGGACAAACUCCCCUUCUUCCGCCACCGCUCGCGGCAGAUCAAGCGCGACACGUGGCUCGUCUCCGUCUUCGUGCUUCUCCAGAUCGUCGUCUUCGCUGUGACUAUGGGAGUCAACGACUGCUCCGGAAACUCUAACGGCCACUGCGCCGCCAAAUUACUCGGCCGAUUCUCUUUCCAGCCUCUCUCUGAGAAUCCUAUGCUCGGUCCCUCCGCUUCUACCUUCGAACACAUGGGAGGUCUUUACUGGAAUGCUCUGGUUGAGAAACAUGAGAUUUGGCGUGUGUUGACGUCUCCCUGGCUGCACAGUGGAUUGUUUCAUCUUUUGAUAAAUCUUGGGAGCUUGAUUUUCGUUGGGAUAUUCAUGGAGCAGCGAUAUGGACCAUUGAGGAUUGCAGUAAUAUACUUCCUCUCUGGCCUUGUGGGAAGUCUCUUCGCUGUGUUGUUUGUUCGAAACAUCCCAUCAAUCUGUUCCGGUGCUGCUUUCUUUGGAUUGAUUGGAGCUAUGCUUUCUGCACUUGCAAGGAACUGGAAUCUAUAUACCUCCAAGGUUUCAGCAUUAGUGAUCAUACUCACUAUCUCCACAGUCAAUUUCCUGAUCGGCUUUCUCCCUUACAUUGACAACUUUGCGAAUAUUGGCGGUUUCAUAUCAGGAUUCCUUCUUGGAUUUGUGCUGUUAUUCACCCCACAGCUGAGACAGGACCCCCCUCCACCUCACAAGGGAAAACUGUUUGAAGAUGAUAUGAGAAGUUCCACAAGGCUUAAAGAAAUGUUUGACAGACCAGUGUUAAGGAUUGUAUGCCUGCUUGUGUUCUGUGGAAUACUUGCUGGUGUUCUAGUAGCAGCCUGCUGGGGCGUUAAUCUCAACCGCUACUGCAACUGGUGUCGCUAUGUUGACUGUGUUCCAACCAGGAAAUGGAGCUGCAGCGACAUGACUACUUCCUGCGAGGCAAUGGUGAGUGAUGCUCAGCUAACACUAACGUGUAUGGCCAAUGGAAAGUUCCGGAUAUUCCCUUACACCAACAUAUCACAAGCCAGGACACAAGACCUCUGCACGCUCGUCUGCACUUAAACAUGACCAGGUGUGGCUUUGUGGGUCUAGUAGAAUGAGAAGAAAAGGGCCGACCUUGACACAGGUAGAGAGAGAGAUAUAGAGAUAGGGCCACUAAAAUUGAUUUUGGAAAGAAAAAAAAGUAGAAUUGAGAAUGUUACACAUCAUAUUAAAAUGCAGACAUAAUAGCUGAACAAGCCCAUACUGUGGUCCUGAUUCUCAUUAACCUCUACUCAACUGCCUACUUCUCUC